AAGUAAGAAGUAAUCUGAUCUCUGUCUUUAUGUUGAAUCUUAGUCAGAUUAUGACACCAGUGAGUCAUAUAAUCCGACUCUGUAACAUGCUGUGAAUAAUCUUAUUCAGAUUAAAUUUAGAAAUUGGAUUAUUGUUUAGGAUUAUUGUCACAUUAAGCAGAGACAAGAGUUCAGCCACAGGAGAAGUGAAUUUAAUGUGAGUUAACAUUGUAUUUGUUAAUACUUAUGUCUAUAUACUGUUAGACACAUGGUUCUCAAGCUGUGGUGCAUGUACCACCAGUGGUACGCAGGUCUUUUCUACUGUAUAACUUGUUACUUCAGUAAUAUUCUAAAAAAAAAAGUCGUGUUCUGGUAACUUACACUUUUACCCUGAGAUCACGUACGUGAGCUCGGGGCCAAAGAAAACCGGUAUCUUUGUGGCGCCGUUGAGCGAAACACGGUCGUUAUCUCCUCUGGAAGUCUCUUCUGACACUUAAUAACUGCGAUGGUGAUUUUAUGAGCUGAUGUUGACGAAGGUCCAACAAUAGCAGGAAGGUUCGGGUCCGGUCGGGUCAGGUCGGGUGCGGUUGAUGUUGGACGUGCAUGUGUGUCCUCUGAGGACCGUGUCAGUGAUGGCUCAUAUAUGUGAACCUCAUCAGUCCUCAAACCCUGAGUUCAGUCCAGGGAAAGUCAGAAGAAUGUCAGGAGCAGAGAGUAAUAAGACGCUGGAGGUUCUGAGCGUGAGUGAGGAUGAGGAGCAGGUGAUGCAGAGCAGAGGUUUGGUUUUUCAGCGUUACGUGCAACCGUGUGUGGCCGAGCUGCUCGGGACCUGCCUGUUUGUCUUCGUGGGCUGUGCUUCGGUCGUCGGGGACACGGGGACAGCGGGCGUCCUGCAGCCGGCUGUGGCUCAUGGACUCGCUCUGGGGACGCUCAUCACUGUGUUUGGACAAAUCAGUGGUGGACAUCUGAACCCUGUGGUGUCUCUGAGUGUUUACCUGUGUGGAGGGAUGAAGCUCGUGCUGCUGCUUCCUUACGUCACCGCUCAGAUGUUGGGAGCGAUGAUCGGAGCUGGUUUGGUUAAGGUCGCGUUCCCCGCCGUGUCGUACGCCGCGGUCCACGGGGCGGCUUUUGAGCCCAGCGUCGGUGACGUCGGCAAAGCCACGUUAGCAGAAGUGAUGAUGAGCACGUGCCUCACCACAGUGGUGUGUAUGACGGCCGUCAACCAACGAACCAAAACACCGUGGGCUCCUUUCUGCAUCGGCCUCACGGUCACGGCCAACAUCCUGGCAGGAGGAGUUCUCUCCGGAGCCUGUAUGAACCCUGCUCGGGCCUUUGGCCCCGCAGUCGCUGCCGGUCACUGGAACCAUCACUGGAUUUACUGGGUCGGACCCACAUGUGGUGCCCUGCUCACAGUCUGCUUUGUCAGGUUCUUGUUUGGUGACCAGAAUACUCGAGUUGUCCUAAAGUGAGAGUGACUCGCUUUUGAACACUUUUCUCCAACAUUGUACUGUAAUCGCUUGAAUUCAGACAAAAAGUAUGUUUUUAUUUCAUGUUGGAUCAUUUUUCUAAGUGUUGACUGUUACUCAGUGCUGGGGUUUGUAUCUGAAGACUCAAUAAAAGGUUUAAAUGGAA